AUGAAUUUAUUUUUUGGCAAAGCCAAGUCAAAAACGUCAGCCAAAGAUGCAAUUUACAAAUUACGAGAAACGCUCGAUAUGUUGGAAAAACGGCAGACUUUCAUGGAAGCCAAAGCCGAGAACGAGUUAAAGAUCGCAAAAACAAACGCAACAAAGAACCGUCGAGUGGCACUGAUGGCAUUAAAACGAAAGAAGGCAAUUGAAGUGAAUAUCGAAAAGAUUAACGGAGCUCGAAUGACGAUCGAAACCCAAAUGAUGGCAAUAGAGAAUGCCAAUGUCAACUUAGAAACAAUGGGAGCCAUGCGUGCUGGUGCCGAAGCAAUGAAGAACAUUCAUGGAUCCAUGGAUAUUAAUAAGGUGGAUGCAACCAUGGACGAUAUCCGAGACCAGAUGGACGUUGCGAACGAGAUUUCAGAGGCUAUUUCUCGGCCUAUUGGCAUGGGCGAAGAGUUAGAUGAGGACGAUCUUCUUAAUGAACUUGAAGAGUUGGAGCAGGAGGAAUUGGAUGCAAAGAUGUUGGAGACACCCGCACCCUCAGUAUACACACCCAACGUACCGUCGCAUGAACCUGGUAAGACGAGAAACUCCAAACCUAGAGAUUUUUUUUUUCAUUCCCCAUCUUACGGUUCAUCUAUCCUAGGUCGCAAAACAACCGUUACCGAAGACGACGAGGAAGCCGAACUCAAAGCUCUGCAAGCCAGUAUGGCCAUGUAAAACGUAUGCCCUAUAGUUAUAUUUUUUUAUCUUUUUCUCUCUCACUUUUUUUUCUGGAUGUGCAGGGGAGAAAAUAAAUACAAUUCCCCAUUCAUCUCAUUUUUUUCAUAAUCAUCAUUCGAGUGGGCUAUACAAAUGACAGCAAUUUUAGGUUGGUUGACUGUAAUCGCAUAGAGUCGAGGAUUGCCUUUUACCAUGGAAAUCGUUUCAUAAAUGUUAUGACUUGGGAAAUUGCCCACCCUGUGCUACUUGCUUCCCUAGUGUGCUUGCAUUCUCGGCUUGAACCUGGAUUUCCCGUAUUUCCUAGGUAUUUAGCAAAGAAAAUGUGGGUGAGGAAUUGGAUCAUACCGCACAGAUAGCGGUACUUAUCAAUGAUUUCAUGCGUCGUC